AGGGUCUGUACAAGGAGGCCAUGAUGGAGGAGCACCAGCCUCUUAUAUCACAAGAAAAUCCCAGUAAGCAUUCUGAGGGAAACCUCAUGUUAUCACUAAAUUAUGAAGCAGAAGAUGAAGAUAUCAUGCAGUGCUCUUCAGGAGAAAAUGUACAUCCAGGACUUCACAGUACAGAUCUAUCAAGUGAUCUCCAUAAUCAUGAGGGACCUUUUCCUGACCAAUCAUGGACUGUUACAAGUAAAGGGACGAAACCGCACUCCUGUUCAGAAUGUGGAAAAUGCUUUACAAAUGAACAAUAUUUUGUUAAACAUAAGACACUUCACACAGGAGAGAAACUUCAUACAUGUUCAGAAUGUGGGAAAUGUUUUACAGAAAAAAAAUGUCUGGUUAGACAUGUGAGAAUUCACACAGGAGAGAAGCCGUAUUCAUGUUCAGAAUGUAGGAAAUGUUUUACAGAAAAAUCUAAUCUUGUUUUACAUGAGAGAGUUCACACAGGAGAGAAGCCAUAUUCAUGUUCAGAAUGUGGGAAAUGUUUUACACGGAAAUCACACCUUGUUAAACAUGAGAGAAUUCACACAGGAGAGAAGCCAUAUUCAUGUUCACAAUGUGGGAAAUGUUUUACAGAUAAAUCAAUUCUUGUUUGCCAUGAGAGAAGUCACACAGGAGAGAGUCCAUAUUCAUGUUCAGAAUGUGGAAAAUGUUUUACACGGAAAUCACACUUUGUUAAACAUGAGAAACUUCACAAAGGAGGGAAACUAUAUUCAUGUUUAGAAUGUGGGAAAUGUUUUACAGAUAAAUCAAGUCUUGUUAUCCAUGAGAGAAGUCACACAGGAGUAAAGCCAUAUUCAUGUUCAGAAUGUGGGAAAUGUUUUAAAAGAAGAACACAACUCGUUACACAUCUGAGAAUUCACACAGGAGAGAGGCCGUAUGCAUGUUCAGAUUGUGGGAAAUGUUUUUUAAAAAAAUCAAGUCUUGUUAAACAUGAGAAACUUCACACAGGAGAGAAACUAUAUUCAUGUUCAGAAUGUGGGAAAUAUUUUACAGCUAAAUCAAAUCUUGCUAGGCAUAAGAAAGGUCACACAGGAGAAGAGUCAUAUUCAUGUUCAGAAUGUGGGAAAUGUUUUACAGAUAAAUCAAAUCUUGUUAGACAUGAGAGAGGUCACACAGAAGAGAAUCCAUAUUCAUGUUCAGAAUGUGGGAAAUGUUUUACACGGAGAUCAAAUCUUGUUUUUCAUGAGCGACUUCACACAGGAGUGAAGCCAUAUUCAUGUUCAGAAUGUGGGAAAUGUUUUACACAGAAAACACACCUUGUUAGACAUGAAAAAAUUCAUAGAGGAGAGAAGCCAUUUUUAUGUUCAGAAUGUGGGAAACGUUUCACACAAAAGUCAAAUCUUGUUGCACAUCAGAGAAGUCACACACGAGAGAAGUAGAGAAGUGCAAAUUACUUGAAAUCUGUUUUAGAGUACAAAUAAAUUCAACCCAAAAGGAAAGUGCUAAGAUUGCGUGUUCACAAAGACAUGUUUAUCCCACCUCAGCCCCCCUAGCUUAAACCCCCUUAAUGACCAGUCCACUUUUUACAAUUCUGCAAUACACUACUUUCACGGUUUAUUGCUCAGUCAUACAACUUACCACCCAAAUGAA